AUGGUCACUGGCCUUGCAUGGGAUGCAAACCAUCAGACAGUCGUGGGCAUUCACUGUGGAGACGGGAGUCAACUGGGGGCAGACCUUGUCGUGGAGGCGAGUGGGCGCCGCUCCUCCCUGCCUGAGUGGCUGGCGGAGAAGGGGUGGGCCCCCCCUCCCGAGCGCAGGGUGCUUGCCAAGGUGGUCGCCGCCAGUCUGACAGUGUCAUGGCCGGAAGACUGGGACUGCCACAAGGCAUUCUCGCUGUACAUAUGCAAGACCCAGCCGCACGGAAAACGAGGCGGGGUGCUGCUGCCCAUCGAGGGUCGAGCCUGGCAAUUAACCCUGGCAGAGUUGGGAGGGACGCGGGCGCCGUGCACAUGGGAGGGGGUACUGGAAGCCGCAAAGCAGCUGCCCGACCCCACCAUGCACUCUGUGCUGCAGCGCUGCAAGCCCCUCACCCCCGUGAACAAUUACGGAGGCUGGCCAAACAUCCGGCGCUGCUAUGACCUGUGCCCCCUGCCCCGGGGCCUGCUGGUGGUAGGGGAUGCGGUGCAGGGCCUGAACCCCGUGUAUGGACAGGGCAUGACUGUGGCUGCACAGACGGCCCUCCUCCUCCGCCGGCAGCUGACAGAGGCGCUGGCCGGCGCCCGCGACCUGCCAGCACGACGCCACAGGCUGGCCGGCCUGUCUGGCCAGGCAUUUCAGCGAGCUCUGGCGACCGAUGUCCUGGAGCCGGCCUGGGCGCUUGCCGCCGGCACGGACCUCAGGUACCCCAUGACCACGGUGAGCGGCCCCGGCGCGCGCCGCCUCCCCGCCUCCCUCACCGCCACGCUCGACUGCCUGGCGCGGGUGGCGCAGCGCGACGCGCGGAUCUAUGGCCUGGUCCUGGCGGUGGCGCAUCUGGCGGCCCCAUCCCGUGUCCUGCUGGUGCCGCGGGUGCUCUUCAACCUGGCCUGGCAGCUGCUCAAAGAGGCCCUGGCCAGGGCCAGCAGGAGGCUGCUGGGGACCGGUGCUGGAGGGCGUGGCGGGGAGGAGCAAGAAGGGCUGGUAACCGUGGCAGCAACUUAA